CAUCUUUCUCUCUCCUCAUCCGGGCAACACCAUGUCAUCCACGACUCUAUGCCAUGGGCUCCCCCGCCACCGCUCUCUCCUUCCCUCCCCAACUCCACCACCACCGCUGCCGCUGCCUCCUCUCCCCACCACCCCUCUCUAAAAGCCCUACCCCUAAUCCCAUCCCCAUAAAUCCCCACCCCCUCCCCAACCGCCGUUCCCUCCUCCUCCUCUCCUCCUCCUCCGCCGCCGCCUCUCUCCUCCCCCUCUCCGCCGCCGCGGACACCGAUGCGUCUGCCCUUUCCCCCGCUCCCUCCUCCCCCUUAUCCGCCGCGGUCACCGAGCGCGUCUACAUGGACUUCAGCCUCUGCCCAAGCUACUUCCGCUCCGACCGCCCCCUGGGCUCCGACCUCGCCGCCUGCCCCGACCCCGAGCCCCUCGGCCGCGUCGUCUUUGGCCUCUACGGCAAGCUCCUCCCCCAGACCGUAGCCAACUUCAAGGCCAUGUGCGCCUCCGCCGCCUAUCGCGGCACCCUCGUCCACAAGGUCCUUCAGGGCCAGUUCUUCGUCGCCGGCCGCCAGGGCCGACGGGAGAAGGGUGAGGUCCGUCCGCCGCUGGAGCUUGCGAGGAACAUGGAGACGGUCGACCCGAGGGCGUUCCAGCUGAAGCACUUGAGGCCGGGAACUCUCUCGCUGUGCCUGUCCCAAAACGACGAUGACGAGGCGAUCAGACUCAAUCCUAAUUACCACAAUGUGGAGUUCUUGGUAACGACGGGUCCCGGCCCAUGCCCGCAACUCGACAAUGAGAACAUUGUCUUCGGAACCGUGCUUGAAGGACUGGAUGUUGUUACUACUAUAGCUACCAUUCCCACCUAUAAGCCAGCUGAAAGGAUUCGUCAGUUCAAUGAUUUUGCUGAGUUCAUUGGUGAUGAGAGAGCUCAGAUAGCUCGCACGAUGUGGAAUCGGCCUCUGAAAACAGUUUAUAUCAGUGACUGCGGAGAGCUCAAGGUGGCAAAGCCUUCCCUUUCGCCUAGUUUACCUUGACAUGUUGGAGUGAUGUAUAUAACUUAGAGCGAGUUAAUUUUAUUGUACCUGGGUAAAUAAUACUUCUCCUUUUUGUUUGAGAAAACUGUAAAUACAUGUAUGGAUCUUUUGCUAUGGCUUAUAAUCUUAUUGAUUUGCUUAUGCUU